CUUCCAAAUAAAUAUAGAGAUCGACUUUCAAGAAUGCGUAACAAGCUCCAUAAAUUGGGUUCUGCUUCUAGCCGCAUUUUGGACAUUCAUUACCCAGCACGAGGAAUCGUUGUGGUUCUCAUUCAUAUCGGGUAUUCUGAUGAAUUCAAUAGACUUUCAGACAAAUGCAAGAUUGUAACUCUCCACGAUUUCAAUCCAUUAGAUCCUCUACACCUUCGUGAUCGCAAGCUCCUCGAAACUUUGACAAGUGACGAAGAGCAUGCA